AGAACCCUAAAUCAGAAAACCCUUCUUGUUCUUUUGCUCAGAAUGGAUCUGGCAUCGGGGAAGAUGAUUGGCAGUGCUAGGGAAGAAGAUGGACUCUAUAUAUUUGAUAAAGGGACUGAAUCAAAUAAACAAGGUCAAAGAACUACUUGUCUGCAAACUAUUACGUUUCCCAGUGAUAAGGAGUUGUAUUUAAUUCAUUAUAGACUAGGUCAUCCUAGUUUCCAUUAUUUAAAAAAGUUGUUUCCUCAAUUAUUUCAUAAUAAAAAUGUUUCACAGUUUCAUUGUGAUAUGUGUACACUUGCAAAGCAUCAUAAAAAUUCUUAUCUUCCCCACAGUUACAAACCUACCAGCCCUUUUACUCUUGUGCAUAGUGAUAUUUGGGGAGCAUCUAGAAUCCCUACUUUAAAAGGAAAGAGAUGGUUUGUAACAAUUAUUGAUGAUCAUACAAGAAUGACAUGGGUAUUUUUUAUCAAAGAAAAAUCAGAAGUAGAAAAUGUAUUUAAGCAGUUUUAUGCAAUGGUCCAAACUCAAUUCAAUACCAAUAUAAAAAUGGUAAGAAGUGAUAAUGGCCGUGAAUACUUUUCUACAAACCUAAAUCAUUUUUUUGCUGAAAAAGGAAUAAUUCAUCAAAGUUCUUGCAUUAAUACUCCUGCUCAGAAUGGAAUUGCUGAGAGAAAAAAUAGGCAUUUACUUGAAGUUACACGUGCAAUCAUGUUUUCAAUGAAAGUUCCAAAAUAUUUAUGGGGAGAUGCUGUUUUACAUGCUACCUAUUUAAUAAAUAGGAUGCCAUCAAAAGUUGUAGGGUUCAAAACUCCAAUUAGUAUUCUGCAAGAAUGUUACCCUACUACUAGAUUGAUUAGCACUCUUCCUUUAAAAAUCUUUGGUUGCACUGUUUUUAUUAAAAAUCCAGACAAAACAGCAAGUAAAUUUGAUCCUAGAGGAACUAAGUGUGUCUUUUUAGGUAUUUCAUCCACACAGAAAGGGUAUAAAUGCUUUGAUCCUUCAACAAAAAAGAUGUUUAUUUCAAUGGACACUGUUUUUGUUGAAAAUCAAGUGUUUUUUGAUACUCAUCUUCAGGGGGAGAGUUUUAAUGAAGAUGCUACCAAUGUGUCACAUAUUCAUGACAAUCUUGAUUUUCUUGACAUUAAUCUAGAUAUGCAUUCUAUUAGAAACUUAGAUGCAUUAGAAAAUGGUCAAGCAUCAAAAAAUAAUGAAAUGAAUACAACUGAUAAACUGGGAGGUGAAGAAUUGCAGAUCAGUAAGUUCUUUGGCAAGGUUUAUGAGAGAAAGGUUCCAAAUCAAAGAGAAGAGGAAGUCUUUGAACCUACAUCUGUUAAUGAAUCUGACCAGAUGUCAGUAAAUGAAAAAGGUAAUGACUCAACUGAUCUUGAUUUACCUAUAGCUCUCAGAAAAGAAAGAAGGUCAUGUGUCAAAUAUCCUAUCUCAAACCAUGUUUCUUAUUCUAGAUUAUCCUCUACAUUUGCAACCUUUUCUUCUAUUGUCUCCUCUGUUUCUAUCCCAUCACCCAUACAGGAAGCUCUAUCUAAACCUGAGUGGAAAAAGGCUGUUUUGGAAGAGAUGGAUGCUCUUGAAAAGAAUCAGACAUGGAAGGUUGUAGAGCUACCUAAAGACAAGCCCACAGUUGGAUGUAGAUGGAUUUUCACUCCUAAGUUCAAGGCAGAUGGCACUCUUGAGAGGUAUAAGGCAAGGUUAGUUGCCAAAGGUUAUACACAAACCUAUGGCAUAGAUUACACCGAGACCUUUGCUCCAGUUGCAAAGCUGAAUACUAUCAGAAUUCUUCUAUCCCUGGCUGCAAAUUUAGAUUGGCCUCUUCAACAGUUGGAUGUGAAGAAUGCUUUUUUAAAUGGAAAACUUGAGGAAGUUUACAUGAAUCCUCCUCCUGGGUUUGAAAACAAGUUUGGUUCAAGAGUAUGUAAGCUAGAAAGAUCCCUGUAUGGACUCAAACAGUCCCCAAGGGCUUGGUUUGAUAGGUUCACACAGUUUGUUAAAAAACAGGGAUAUAAACAGGCCCAAGCUGACCAUACUCUAUUUAUAAAAUGUUCAAGUAAGGGGGAGAUUGCUAUAUUAAUUGUCUAUGUAGAUGAUAUUAUCAUUACAGGAGACUUUCAUGAAGAAACACAAAGCCUGAAGAAAAAACUUGCUGCUGAAUUUGAAGUCAAAGAUCUGGGAGAUUUGAAAUACUUUCUUGGCAUGGAAAUAGCUAGAUCAAAAGAGGGAAUAAUUGUAUCUCAAAGGAAGUAUGUUUUAGAUCUUCUUCAAGAAACAGGGAUGAGUGCAUGUAAACCAGCUGACACUCCUAUAGACUCAAACCAGAAGUUAGGAGAUGUCAGAGAUGGGGUUCCAGUCAAUGUGCAACAAUAUCAGAGAUUGGUAGGAAGACUUAUAUACUUAGCACAUACCAGACCUGAUAUUGCUUUUGCAGUUAGCAUGGUAAGUCAGUUUAUGCAUUGUCCAUAUAAAGAACAUCUUGAGGCAGCCUACAGAAUUCUUAGGUAUUUGAAAAGUUGUCCUGGAAAAGGUUUGUUUUUCAAAAAGAACCAUAGUAGGGCAGUAGAGGCCUUCACAGAUGCUGAUUAUGCAGGAUCAGUAAGUGAUAGAAGAUCUACUUCAGGGUACUGCACUUAUGUAUGGGGAAAUCUAGUGACUUGGAGAAGUAAGAAGCAGAAUGUGGUAGCUAGAAGCAGUGCAGAGGCAGAAUUCAGAUCAAUGGCCAAUGGUAUAUGUGAACUUCUUUGGAUCAAGAGGGUGAUCAAAGAACUGAAUAUGGAAUUGGAGUUACCUAUGAGACUAUAUUGUGACAACAAGGCAGCUAUUAGCAUUGCACACAAUCCAGUCCUACAUGACAGAACAAAACACAUUGAAGUGGAUAGACACUUUAUCAAAGAGAAAAUCGAAGCUGGAAUUGUGUGUACACCAUUUGUGCCUACCAGGGAUCAAACUGCUGAUAUUCUAACAAAAGGAUUGUUCAAACCAGUGUUUGAAAAACUAGUAAGCAAGUUGGGAAUGUAUGAUAUAUAUUCACCAACUUGAGGGGGAGUGUAAAACUGUAUAGUUAGAUUAAUUUGUAGAUAAAUACUUAGUCUUA